AUGAUGGAAGGAGGUGAGAAGGGCACCGUUUGCGUCACGGGCGCCUCGGGAUUCAUAGGAUCAUGGCUGGUUAUGAAGCUUCUCCAACGAGGCUACUAUGUUCAUGCAACCGUACGCGAUCCUGGCAACGUGGAGAAGGUGAAGCAUCUUUUAGAGUUGCCCAAAGCCAGCACACACCUGAGCUUGUGGAGAGCAGACCUGAAGGAAGAGGGAAGUUUUGACGAUGCUAUUCAGGGAUGUAUUGGAGUCUUCCACGUGGCUUCCCCUAUGGACAUAUCGACUCAGGAUGCCCAGAAUGAAGUGAUAGAUCCAACAGUGAAUGGGGUUUUAGACAUCAUGAGAGCCUGCACCAAGGCCAAGACCGUCAAGCGGUUCAUCUAUACUUCAACCACUGGAACCAUUACAGUUGGACCAGAACCACUCCCGCUUGAGUACGAUGAAAGCUUUUGGACUGACGUCGACUACUGCAAGGCUCAGAAGAUGACUGCGUGGAUGUAUUUUAUUGCUAAAACAACAGCCGAGAAAGCUGCGUGGGAAUUCGCCAAAGAGAAAGGCCUGGAUGUUGUUACCAUUCAACCCCCUGUUGUGGUGGGGCCAUUUGUUACACCUUCCCUGCCUCCUAGCGCUAAACUUGUACUCGCGGUACUCACUGGAGAGGAAGCUGGCUGCAACUUGUUGGCUCGAGGACGAGCUGUGCAUGUAGAUGACCUAUGUGAUGCCCACAUAUACCUAUUUGAACAUCCAGAGGCAAAGGGACGGUACAUUUGCUCUUCCCAUUGUUUUAAUAUCAUUGAGCUAGCAAGAUCAUUGAGCCUCAAGUACUCAGAGUACAAUAUCCCAACCAAAUUUGAGGGUGUGGAUGAAUCCUUGAAAUCUAUCCCUUGUUCCUCUAGGAAACUAUUGGACCUUGGCUACAAAUUUAAGUACAACUCAGAGGAAUACGACAUUGGGGAUCUGUGUUCUGGAGCCAUUGAAUCAUGCAAAGAGAAGGGGCUGAUGCCAUCUCCUGGUGCCACAUGAGAAACAAAGAAGCCAGGAAUUAUGAACUCUUAUCACUCUCUUCUAUCAUAUUUCUUCUGGACCUCAUAAUUGUACCCUAUUGGACGAUAAUGAUGGCCACUGAAGCUGUGACUAAGGUGCUUUCCUCUUAUUUCCAUGGAAA